UUAAAGUGGGGUCCCGCUUUUCUCAUCGAGAAGUCAAUGACUGGAACGCCUUAAUCGAACAAGUGGUAUCAGCCCCAUCAGUGAGUAUUUCGAAGGAGAAGCUGAACCGAACCAAUCACAAUUGCGAUUGCUAACUUGAACAUUGGGAGUGAAAUUCAAAGGUAUUCGGAAUUGUACACUAUUAACGUCUUGUCUUGAAUAUCAGAUUAUGUCAAGCUAACGUUUGAGUUAUCAUUAAUUAUUGUCAGUCACUUUCAUUAUUGAACGUAAGUGCUUACCAGUAAGCUCUUUUCUUUUCCAGACUCUCAUACUACUCCUCACACCUCAGCACAUAUGCGUAUAUUCAAGUUAGAUAAAACCUCCCAGAGUGAAGGAUACAUCUGUUGUAAGAUUUACGUGGUAUAUACGCUGGAUAUGGUGAAAUAUGCAGUCAGUGACGCUUGUAUCUUAGCGAUCCACGACUCAUUUGACUCCCAUGCAAAACAUAUUAUAAAUAGUUAUUUAUAAUAUGUUUUGCAUGGGAGUGCUUUAAAGCACCGAAUGUUAUGUAUUAUAAUGUUGGGAAUUAGUGGGACUAAUUUGUACAGAGCGUCAGUGCAUACCUUGGAAAUUUCUUAGAAUAACUGUGAAUCAUUUUUUCAUCUCCUCUUAAAAUCAUGGGGUCUAUUAUAGUCUGGUGGUUUUGCGUUCAGCAUCAAAUGCAUCCAUAUCAAUUCAGAUAGUGUGAAUGGAUUUGGUCGGAAUAGAAGUUUUCUAACUAGGCUCCAUUUGACUCCAUCUGACGUACGAAUGUCCCCUCUACGUUUCGUAUCGAAGUUGAACUCAGGUAAUUGCUACAGGGAAUGCUAAAUGAGAUUUUGUGAUUUUAGUCACUCUGAGGUCGCGUUUCAGUAUUAUUUAUUUCAAGAGGUAUUGACGCAGUAUUUUUAAACUUUGAAUACUUUCCAAAUGAACCUUUUUGUUGAAAGAGAAAACAUCAUUCUUUUGUUGAGGCUGCAUAGAACUGUAAAAUUACGUGAAAACGCUUGCCAUCUAAGCGGCAAAAAUACUCAUCAAAGUUGCUAGUGAAAGGUUGGCUCUGACGGCAUUUUCAUCAAAGUUAACAUACAAUUCUAGAUCACAAGGAACCAAGACACUUAAAUCGUUUCCUGUUAAUGAAUAUUAAUAAAGAAUUAUUUGUUGUACGUGUGUUUUACAUUAUCCCACUAAUGGACUACCCCUCAGAGUUAGAUGUUGAUUCAUUCUUAUUUCAUUCUCGAAGUCGAGUUGGAUAUUACUGCAGCGCUAAUCUAUCUUGGUUUUAGACCUCUUUCCAAAACAUUAAAUCACCUGCAAAAAGUUUUUCAUUAAAUUUUAUUUUAUGUAGUGUUUAGUUCGUUCAAAACUAAGGCGCCUCCACGUUACUUAUACUAAUAUCAGUCUUGUUGAUCCUAAUGAAGAAUCCUGUCUUUUCUUGAUUUAGAUUAUUGACAAAUUGCUUAAUAGACUGCCAGUAUGACCUGCCGAAAAUGACGCCUAGCUUAGCUCUCUAUGGAUCUUCUGUUAGCUCUGGUUUACAAAGAUAUGGUGUAAAGUUGUUAUAAGAAGUUUUGCUAAGGAGAAAUGGCACACUAUGAAACUUUAUGACAGGUCCAGUUCUCCAAAGCAGCAUGUGUUGUACCAGCUUUUAAAAUCUUUUAGUAAAUCAAUAAAUUCUCAGAGGUCCUUUACUUUUAGAGAUCUCGAUUUUUGGGUGGACUUGGACGUUAAGGCUUUUCGGAAGUCCGUGCUCAUUCUAAUCAGCAAUCAAGUUCAACUUUGUACUUUGGCUUUAAUCUACACUGUUUAAGGUAAUAUUCAUAACCGCUGCAUAAACUGAAGUAAAGCUAAGUUCAUAUUUGGAACCUGGUGGUUGAACGUCAGGCGUUUUCAAUCCCCUUCAUAUUUGCUAAAGGCAUAAUGAUCCUAAGACUUAUUCAACUAUGUACUGUCAGGUAUUAGGGAUGGAUCAUUUGGAUCUGAUUACUACUUUACCUGUUUAGAACUACGUAUUUUCUCUGGUGAGUUAGUCAUAAUAAUUUGUAGAAUCCCAAUUUUCCUAUUUUAUAGAAGAUUUUGUCCGUUUUGCGUAAAUUUUGGGGAAACUGCAAUAAAAAACUUUGAGGAAACGACACAAAAACCCUAAAAUUUCCUGAGGUCUGGGAAAAAUCCCCAAAAUGUUUGAGGAAAUUUAGGGUUUUCCUCAAUGUUUUCACAGAAUCUUAUAACACUUGGGUUUUUCCCUAAAAUUUGGAGAAAAGUACCAUAUUCCUUACGACUUCGGGGAAAACCCCAAAAUAGGGGGAUUGGGAUAUUAUCAACCAAGUCGCAAUCCACAACCACCACAAUGUAUGAAAGCUGGCUUCCUUCUGCAUACAUUUUGCUACUUAAAAUUUGAAAGUGACUGUGUGAGGAGUUUGUGCGAGCAUCCCAUUCGACGGAGAAAAAUUCCGCGGUAGACUGUAUCGACUGGAUCACAUGAGUUAGUAACCAAGUUGCUAGCAACGACAGUGUGCGUAAUAAACUGAACAAGAUGAUAUGCUUGGUUGAAUCUGAACGUAUGUGAGUCGGCAGCUCACCCCUUGAAAAGAAAUCUUUUUAUGCAUCUAAAGAGGUUGGAUGGGUGACCUUGACGGCUUUGGAACGUGACUGACUCAACGAAAUAGCUACUUGAGGUCGGUUACAUACUAUCUUAGUUGUGGCAGCUGUUAGAUAUGUUAGCUCUGUACUUUUAAACCAUUGGCACCUGCACCAUAAAUCUCUAUGGAGGGGUGUGUUGCUCAAUUUUUUCAGUCGACAUUCUUAACCCCAUUAUAUUUUAGUAAUUCAAAAUCAUUGGAUAUGCCAGUCAUUCGCUAAAAACACUGCUUCUGGUUAGAUUCCAGUAUAGUUUUCAGUAAGAGAUUGCCAUCAGACUUUAGGUUAUAUGUUUUUGAUCUUCCUGGUAUUCGACCGACCUAUCCGGCAUACUAAAACCGGAAGGAACAAUUGUUUAAGCUUAUGUAACCUAAUCGUGCCAUCACGGUAGAUUAGUUCAACCACCAAGUUAAAACAGCAGUCACGUUUGGAAACCACCAAUGAGGACCUCUGGCAUCUUGUAUUUUUAAUCACUUUCUUCUCAUGGUUACCCGGUAGACAUAAAUUGGUCAGUUUUUUAUUAUGGAAUUUUCUUGUAAUUUAGCAUUUCUGAACUAUUGUAUUAAAGAGAAUAAAUAAGUCAAGAUAUCCUUAGUAGAUGUUAAUGACAGCUAUCUAUUAGCACUAACCUAACUUGUAAUAAAUCACCCUAGUUUUGUUUGAUCAUUUGGAAUAAACAUUAAAGAUUGUUUUUCUGGUAUAGGUAUAUCAAGUUAAAAAUUUAUUUACUUCCGUGCUUUAUAAAUAUUUACUUUUUUCUUAAAUUCUAGUUUCGGCUCAUGGAAAAACCACCUCUCAGCAGCUCUUCGUUGGGAUUUCCAAUAGGCGUAAUACAAAUUCCGGUGUCAUUGUCCGGUCUUACUGAAGUGGAUGUUAAUGGUUUACCUAGAUUACCCGUGUCAGUGACAUGCUAUGCAAGGUUUCGUCGGUUAUUACAUAUCAAACAUCAUAACUUGUGUCAGUAUCUCGAUGUUGUCAGAGAGAAGGGAGAAAUACUAUCAGUUGUCUGUGAGUACUACAGCACAAGUUUUUCUAACUUCAGUGGUCCCGUCACUGACGUUAAUUGGUUAUCACAACGCUUUAGUGAAUGUCUAUCUGCCUUAUCUUUUAUGAGUGACAAUGGUUUAGUGCACUGUUGUUUGACUCCUGAUAUGAUUAUGCUUGAUUCUGGUGGACGUGUAAAAAUUGGAGGCUACGGAAUUUAUUAUGCUACAGAUUGGGGAAGUAUAGCUGAUUUUACCUUCCCCAGUCUCAUGUAUUCUGCUCCUGAGGUAUUUUUAUUUUUAUACAAUCAAGCCAAUAAUUCAUGUCAACCAGAACGUUCAACAAAAUCUGAUAUGUGCUGGACAAAUAUAAAAGCAGACGUAUGGUCUUUAGGCGUCAUAUUUUUUGAGACAAUAUUUGGUAGGGAAUUCACUAAUCCAUUACUUAAACUUCGGAGUGAAAAUAUGAAAGAAGCUGAAAUAAUUUCCUUGUAUCUAAGGGGUCUUUGUCAGGCGAAUGAAUAUCCAACAUUACCUGAAUUUUUACAACUUCAUCUGAAUGUUAUAUCUGCUGACCUGGACAUCUUGGUUCAGCUUAUUCAAUGUUGCUUAAAGUUCGAUGCAGUAAAGCGACCUAAUCCUAAAUGUCUUAUGAAGGAGAUCAACGAAUUACUGAAAACUGAUUCUUACAUAUCUUCCGAUAUAAGUGGUGACAAAUAUUCAAUUUCCUGGUGUAGGAAAAUAUAUAAUCAACCCAAGAAACGUGAAUUUCAUCCUCAAUUAUUCAGUUUGGAAGAUAACAAAAAUAAUAUUUUAAAAGCUUAUAAUUUUAUUAACAGUAUUGAAAAUUUAUCAGAACUUUAUUACUAUUGGAUGUUAACCGGUGGUAAAAUUCAUGCUACAUUAAAAGGUCAUACAGAUUCAAAAAGUAUUAUUGAUAAUUAUCAUCAUAACAGUUUCAAGCAAGAAUCAAUAAAAGAAAAAGAAACAUUAAUUGGCGCGAAUUCUCAAUGUUUAUUACCUCCAGUCUUGAGAAUUCCACAUUAUCUUGCUUUAGUACAAUCAAAUGCUACACGUGCAAUAGCUUCAAAAGAACAAUGGCCGCUAGGUGAAAUUCCACAGCCACGUACAUUUCAGUUCCAAAUUACACCACUUUCCAAUGAAUGUUUUAUUGAACGUAUAUCGCAUACAUCUCUUCAUCAUUUAUAUCCCCUAUUUAUUUAUCAAGAUUUAAAAAUUAGUUCCACAGGAAAUUCAAAUGUUUAUUCUGCCUUGUACUCAGUUAAUAAUAAUAGUACUAAUCAUAUUAAUACUUCAUCUAACAGUUUAAUACCAAAUGAAUAUACACGUAUGAUUCUUAAUUCACCCUUGUUUGAAGUGACUGAGAAACUUUCAGAUUUUUUAGAUUCAUUAUGCAAAAAUGAUUUAACCUGUAUUACCGGUGUUGAUUGGAGUAUGUCAUUUACAAAUAAUCAGUAUGAAUCAAUAUCACAACAACCAUUAUCAGUUAGAGAAACUGAUGUAGAUUAUCAAAUUUAUCGCACACGUUUGUUUACGCGAAUAAUCAAUGGACUACCCGCAACUAAACAAUAUCUUCGUUUAGAAGCACGUAAAGAUAUACCACCAUUUUUACGUUGGAAGGUUUGGGCUGCUUUACUCGACGUUUAUCCCAAUCGGGAUUUCGAAUCAGCUUACCUGAAGGCAUUGCAUAGAAUCAACAAGUUUGGCUUGGACGUAACACCUAUAAAUGAAUUAAAUAAUAAUAAUAAUAAUAAUAAUAAUAAUAAUAAUAAUAAUAAUAAUAAUAAUAACCUUAGUUGUGAUCUCUUAGAUGAAAAAGUCAUUAAUCAAAUAUCAGUUGAUUUACCACGUUGUCAUGCUUAUGAUCCAUUGUUGGCAUCAUCUAUUGGGCAAUCUGUACUUCGUCGUGUCCUACUAGCGACUUUAUUAAUGAAACCUGGUGCAUUGGAUUAUACUCAGGGUAUGGAUUCUGUAGCUGCUGUAUUUGUGCGUAUAUGUUAUCCAGAUGAAGCAUUGGCUGCUGCUUGUUUAAAUGCUUUUUUGUCAACAAAGCUACCGGGAUUUUUCUCUUCUGGUGGUCUUACUGUUGGUUUAAAAUCGUAUUUCAAUACACUUCUACGGUUGUUAGCAUUUCAUGUACCUCGACUAGCUAUUCGAUUGGUUGAUAUUAAUGUGCCUUUGAUUGGAUUGACUACCGGUUGGAUUUAUACGUUAUUUGCCCAUGCUAUGCCAUUGGAUCGUAUAGAAUUACUAUGGGAUACAAUAAUUCCUGGUCCAGCUUCAUUGUCAAUGUUUUUCUACAUUGCAUUUUUUAUUCAGUUAGACAGACAAAUCAAUCUUGAGUUGUUAGGACUAGAAAAGAUUUGUACAAUUUUGUCGAAUUUUCCCGAUAUUAAUUUGGAUAAAUGUAGAACAGAUGCUUUGAAAUUGGCAUUGGCUACACCUCGAAGUUUAACAGCUUGGUCGAUUCCCAAUAGACAGUAUUUAGAUCGAAAAUUUAUGGAAAAUGAAGAAUUAAAAGUUGAAAACCUGAAUUCCAAAGGAAACGAAUCGUCAACUUCUGAUUUCUAUGAACGUUUAAAAUCACAGAAUGCAUGGCCAGAUCAUUUAGAAUAUGAUUUUACAGAAUCAUUAGAAUAUUCUGAUAUCGAUGUUGCAUCAAAUGUUUGUGAAAAACUAAAUAUAUCGUCAAAUGCUUUUAAAUUAGUCCCAUUACUCAGUUUUAAAGAUGCUGUGGUGCAUGUGAAACGUCCAGAUUGUCUAGUUUUAGAUGUACGUAAUAUCAAAGAAUAUAAUAGAUUUCAUUUGCCUAACAGUAUUCAUUGUGGGAUUUCCAGAUCUGUAAUGCGAGAUUCUUCAUCAAUAGGAAUUGAAGAAAGCAGCGAUAUAUCUUCAACUACCACUAGCUCUUACAAUACUUUCUCUCCAGAAAACUGGGAGGUGAUUGACUAUCCAAGUGGUAAUCGUAAUCGACCACAAAUCAUACCAGAGUUUUUAGCCUUUCUUAUAAACCAAAAACUAUGGCAUCAAACAACACAAGCUAGACAGUUAUUAAAUAUUAAAUCAAGUCAUGGAGUCACUAAGGAAUCGGUCAACACAGUAACACCAUGUUCACCUGGGCUCUUAAUUGUAUGUGGCAACGACGAGCGUCUUUGUUGGGAUCUGGCGUUUUGGCUCAUAAAAUGUGAUAUUGAUCGUGUUUGCAUACUUUUUAGUACUAACGACAGUAUAUCAGACUUCAUAAACUUAUGUUCUCAAUAGUUUGUUGUUCUGUCAUCUCACCAUCUCAAGAUUGUGAUUUGUAUACCUCUUCAUCCCUUUGGUUUCUGUUCUGUAUCAGACUACAGUUUUAAGUUCUUUCCGCUAAAUGACAUCUUGUUGAACGCAUCAAAAUAUUCUUGAUUUUAUGAUAAGUGAUUGAACUACUGUUGCUAAUAAUCAGUCAUUUGUGAUUUAUUAAUUUCCUUCGUAUCUUAACCGUAUUUUGUAUGUAUUUAAUACUUUUCAGCAUCACUAAUUCAUUGUAUUUUUAUUGUUUUGUUAAUUCUAAUCAGAAGUGACUGGGUUGUCUAGUCGAAAAGCAAUAGAGAUGUUUAUAGCACUUUAUUUAUGGAAAAGCUCCAAGAAAUUUCUGGAAACGUCAUAGUCUCGCUAAGAAUAAUGCCAAAUCACGUGAUUACCACUCCGGUGGAACGCAUUGGGGUCAGUUGUAGUUAUUCAAAGCAGUAAACUAUGUAUUUAAUAGAUAGAAUGUCACAGAUUUCUUUGUCAGAUUGACACUGGGACAUGAUCGGUUCCCAGAACCAGUAAGCAGGAACUGGUGUAAAAUUCUCAAAUUUCUUAUGGCGCAAAACGUUUAGAAUUCCAAGAGUUCAUAAAAUCCAAGAUUUGGACAAUGGCGCACACCAAUCGAGAUUUCUAAAAUAACGUAAUUCGGUGGGAAUGGUUGUAUUGAUUUAAUGCAAAGGUAGGUGUUAAAUAUACACUGUCAGGUGCUUUGGAGGUUUAUAUGAAUGUAUGAAAAUCCCUUCUUAUGUGACGUGUUGCCUUUCGAAUUAUUUUCCUCCAUCCCUUCAGCUGUAUACUUCCCUGAUCUUUUAGUCCUAGAUGAGACAGCUACUAUUUUUCCAUCGUAACUUUUACUUUUCCUUCGUCUAGCGAAUUCUUAUGGUUCUCACGAACUACAUCAACAUUGUUUUACGUGGCUCUGAUGGCUACCAUGUUGACUCAUUUCCCUUGCACUUUUAUCUUAAAUUAAAGCACAUUUUCGUAAGCGCUCAUUGUCGUAUAAAUCUUAAAUAUUACCUUUUGAAUUAGGUCCACUUGAUCUAUCCAGAAGGGAUAAUUUUAUAUUAUUAAGAACAUUUGCUUUUUCGAACUGACUUGAUUGAAUUUGUUGAAUAACUGUGGUAAUUUCUUUAGAACCGUUCCUUACUGUUGGUACGGCUCUCAGAAGGUGUGACUAAGCCCGAUACAAUUCUCUAGAACAUCGACAUGGCAUGUGUGGUAAAAUAUUUAUGUAAACUUCCUGUUUUUGUAUUGUCUGGAUUAUAACGAUGUUACUGCACAUAACAAGCUUUAAAGACAGAUGUUAUUCUGUACAUUUUGACACUUCAGUAAACUUUUUUUGGGACUCAAGGGUACUAGACGCUCCAUUGUCGCGGUCAUAUCCGAAUCAACCAUAAUCAAGUUACAGAAUAAACACUUGCAUGUCUACUUUGUUUGACUUUUAACUGGUAAUCGCACGAGUAUCCGA